AUGUCAUCAAAUGUGUCGAUAGUUAAGCCGACACUCCGACCGACACUAUCGCAACAGUGGGACGACUACCUGUACCGGCAAUCCCGGGCCAGUAGUUAUAGGGUCGACAAGAAGUCCAAUGCCCUGAGAAUACUGUCCUCUGUAUCGGCUUUUGUCAAACUUUUUGAAUCCCUAUUUUGGUUGUCAUUGCUGUUAGAGGCCACACAUAAUGAGGUAAAGGGUAAAAUGAUGCAUAUGAACAUAUUGGUAGGGAAAAACCAUGAGGACAACUCGACCCAUACGCUGACAAUAGUGUUGGCCACGGCUUUUGUCAUAUCGAUGGUGACGGGACUGGUGGCUAUGUUUGGGCCCUGUUUUCAUGGUCUGGUCCAGCAUAAGGUGCUAUUGAUGGGCACGGUUUGCAGUUUCGUUUGGAAUAUUAUUAUAUUGGCCUUAUGUUUCAUAUUAGAUUAUUACAAACACUCACAGAAUAAAGACAAUCAAACGGAGACUGCAUUCAACGCAACGAUUGGUAUGAUAACAGCCGGUGCUCUACUCGUGACGGCGAAGAAGCUGUUGGCGAAGGAAAGUCGUGUUCAGCGCUGGCAUCAGAAACGUCUUCAGGCCUCUCAUAUCAGACCUCUUAUCUAGAAAUCAUCUGUUAUUUCAAAAAUCAUGUCAAUC